CUUGUGCGCAAGUGUAAACCUUUAAGAUGUCUCUCAGCAAUAGAAAGGAAGUGAACACUUCAGCCCUGAGGAAGAUCGCUGCCGACAUGAGUAACUUAAUUGAAAGUCUGGACUCAAGGGAACUGCAUUUUGAAGGGGAAGAAUUGGAUAGUGAUGUGGUACAUGAUCCCAAAGCUCCUGUGGGCAUCCCAUUCUCCACCAUUUAUAAUACUAAAGGAUUUAAAGAGCCUCACAUACAGCUCUACCUAACUGGGUGUCCAAUCCGAGUACGUGUUCUAGAAGUGGAACGUUUUACAUCAACAAAUAAGGUCCCAAGCCCACGUGUUUACACCAUUGAGUUGACCCAUGGGGAGUUUACAUGGCAAGUGAAGAGGAAAUACAAGCAUUUUCAGGAGCUGCAUAGAGAACUGCUUCGAUACAAAGCUUUUAUACGAAUUCCCAUCCCAACACGAAGACACACUGUGCAAAGACAGACCAUCAAAAGGGGAGAAGCAAGACAAAUGCCAAGUCUUCCACGUACCUCUGAGAACAUGGUCAGAGAAGAUCACCUCUCCAGUAGAAGAAAACAACUGGAAGAUUAUCUCACAAAUCUCUUAAAAAUGCCCCUGUACAAGAAUUACCACGGAACAAUGGAAUUCCUUGGUGUAAGUCAGCUGUCAUUUAUCCAUGACCUAGGACCUAAGGGCAUAGAAGGCAUGAUUAUGAAAAGAUCUGGAGGACAUCGAAUUCCUGGUUUGAAUUGUUGUGGGCAAGGAAGGCUAUGCUACCGAUGGUCGAAAAGGUGGUUAGUGGUGAAAGACUCUUUCUUAUUGUACAUGAAGCCAGAUAGUGGAGCUGUUUCCUUCGUCCUACUGGUAGAUAAAGAAUUCAGUAUAAAGAUUGGCAAGAAGGAGACCGAAACUAAAUAUGGGUUACGAAUUGAUAAUCUUUCCAGGUCACUGAUUUUGAAGUGCAACAGCUACCGACAUGCUCUCUGGUGGGGUCAAGGAAUAGAAGAAUUCAUUCAGAAAAAUGGCAAGAACUUCCUCAAACAUCACAGAUUUGGUUCCUAUGCAGCCAUCCAGGAGAACACACUAGCCAAGUGGUAUGUAAAUGCCAAGGGGUAUUUUGAAGAUGUGGCAAAUGCCAUGGAAGCAGCCAAGGAAGAGAUUUUCAUCACAGAUUGGUGGCUGAGCCCCGAAAUAUUCAUGAAGCGGCCUGUGGUGGAAGGGAAUCGCUGGAGAUUAGACUGCAUUUUGAGGCGGAAGGCUCAACAAGGAGUGAGAAUCUUCGUGAUGCUCUACAAAGAGGUAGAGCUUGCUCUGGGUAUCAACAGCGAAUACACCAAGAGGACACUAAUGCAUCUGCAUCCCAACAUUAAGGUAAUGAGACAUCCUGAUCAUGUGUCAUCUACUGUUUAUUUAUGGGCCCACCAUGAAAAGCUGGUGAUCGUUGACCAGUCCAUCGCUUUCGUUGGGGGCAUAGACUUGGCGUAUGGCAGGUGGGAUGACAAUGAGCACCGACUGACAGAUGUGGGCAGUGUAAAACGUAUGGCAGCGGCCAGAUCUGAGUCUUCAGUGAACCUUUCUUCUUUAGCUGAAACUGUUCAGCCUCAGAUGGAGCCUCCAACGAACACACCUUUGCAAGGAGGCAGUGACGAUGCCCCAGAAGCUUCAAAAAUGAAAGGAGUAGGGAGACCCAGGAAAUUUGCCAGAUUCAGCAUCUACAGACAGCUCCAUCGACAUGCCUUGCAUCAUGCAGAUAGUGUGAGCAGUGUAGACAGUGAUUCAUGUAAAGGCUCAGUCCACAGUUUGAAGACAGGUGUUGGAGAGCUUCUUGGUGAAACUAGAUUCUGGCAUGGAAAAGAUUAUUGCAACUUUGUUUUUAAAGACUGGGUUCAGCUGGAUAAACCCUUUGCUGAUUUCAUUGAUCGCUACACCAUGCCAAGGAUGCCGUGGCACGACAUUGCCUCUGUAGUGCAUGGCAAAGCUGCGCGAGAUGUAGCUCGGCACUUCAUUCAACGUUGGAACUUCACAAAGAUCAUAAAAUCCAAAUACAGGUCCCUUUCCUACCCUUUCUUGUUGCCGAAAUCUCAGCAAACAGCUGAUGAGUUGAACUAUCAAGUCCCUGAGGCUGUGCCCGCCAAAGUGCAGGUGCUCCGCUCUGCUGCUGACUGGUCUGCUGGUAUUAAAUACCAUGAAGAAUCGAUCCAUUCUGCUUAUGUGAGCGUGAUAGAAAACAGCAAGCACUACAUCUAUAUAGAGAACCAGUUUUUUAUUAGCUGCGCCGAUGACAAAGUUGUGUCGAACCGAGUCGGUGAUGCCAUUGCACGCAGAAUUCUCAAAGCCCAUAGGGAAAACAAACGGUACCGAGUCUAUGUAGUUAUCCCCCUGCUGCCUGGCUUUGAAGGUGAUAUUUCAACAGGAGGAGGCAAUGCCAUCCAGGCCAUUAUGCAUUUUAACUACAGGACUAUGUGCAGAGGAGAGAAUUCAAUCUUGGGACAGCUGAAAGCUGAAAUUGGAGACCAAUGGAUUAAUUACAUUUCAUUCUGUGGACUUCGAAACUAUGCUGAGCUGGAAGGGAAACUCAUUACUGAACUGAUCUAUGUUCACAGCAAGCUGCUGAUUGUGGAUGACAACACAGUCAUUAUAGGCUCUGCAAACAUCAAUGACAGAAGCAUGUUGGGGAAAAGAGACAGUGAAAUGGCUGUCAUUGUGGAAGAUACUGACACCGUUGCUUCAGUGAUGGAUGGAGAAGACUACAGAGCAGGAAGAUUUGCUCAGUCUCUUCGCCUUCAGUGCUUUAGAGUUGUUCUUGGCAGCUCAAUAGAUCUGAAUGAUAUCCAGGAUCCCAUAUCUGACAAAUUCUUUAAAGAAGUAUGGGUUGCAACGGCAGCACGCAAUGCCACUAUUUUUGAGAAGGUUUUCCGAUGUCUUCCUAGUGAUGAAGUUAAUAACUUAACCCACCUGCGGGAUUUCAUCAACAAACCAAAGCUUACUUGUGAGAAUCCCACUAAAGCAACUGAAGAACUGAAGAAAAUCCAUGGAUUUCUAGUCCAGUUCCCCUUUCGUUUCUUGGAUGAAGAGAAUUUGCUUCCCUCUGUUGGAACAAAAGAAUCCAUGGUGCCCAUGGAGACAUGGACUUAAGAGGAGUCAGCUUGGAUUUUUUUUUUUUUAAACGUAAACAAUACACAGAUCUAGUUUGGCUUCUGGUUUCACAACAACUUCUUUCCAUAAGAAGAAAAGUCUGCACCAAUCCAAAAGUGCCUUUUGAUGGUAGAGUUUUAGAGAAAAUAACAGCCUAGCUGAGACAGUGUUGGAAACAAUAGAUGAUUGAUAAGUUAUGUUCUCAGUGAUAGCAGGGCCACUUUCAAGCAACCUGGAAAGCGGGAGGGAGGGUAAUAGAAGAUACUUUCUCUAAAAGUCUACAGUCAUACUCCAAGACACUUUACAUAUUCCAUGCAUGCAUGCUUACCCUACAUAUAUGGUUAUCUCAAAUAGAACCUACAAACUCUUUGUUAUAAGUAACUGUGAUAACUGCUUAUACUAUCCAUUUUUUAUUCCAGACAACAAUUGGUAAUCCAUUUUCCACAAGGGUAACUAAGGUCACUGCUUAUAGAAAUUAUCUUUCCAGGCAAAGUGAACUCUAUCUACGUUUCUACUUUAGAAGAAAUCCACAUGUAAUUGUGACAAUGCCUUUACUGUGAUUUGUAGACUAUUAGUGUUGUUUAUAUCUUUGGGACUUGUUAGAUAGAGUAUUUCUUUAUAAUUCCUUUUUAAAUUCUGCAAAUAGUAUAGCAACUACUGAGAAACACUGCACGAUGCCACUUUGGGCCUAACUGUGAUCCCUCUUUCUUGAGUAAUUUAUAGAAGUUUGCAUAGAAUGUUUGUUUUUUAGUGCUGUAUUGAGAUUGAGAAAUAUUUCUUCCUGCAUGUGUCCUGUUAGAACAGUAUGUGUUGAAGGUUUCUGAAACAGUACUGGUAAGUCGCCAGAUUUGUUUUGUGUACUUGAUGGCAGAAAAAAAGUGUAUUUAUGUAAUGAUUUAGCAAAGUUCCCUGUUCUCUUCAAGAGGGACCAAUUAGUUCUUCCCUCCCUACUAAGAAACAUAUGGCCAGAGAAUUUCUUCUUUUAUGCCUACUGUUUCUUCUUCCAAACAAUCUAUGAAAUCCUAUGGCUAGGGGCCACACAACAUUUUUUGAGCACUGCAGCAGGUAGGUCAAGGUUUUUUAUUCCUUCACAGAUGCAAGGGGCUUACAUUAUAAUUUAGGUGUGUUCCCUGUCCCCAGAUAGCAGGAAUCCGUGCCACUGAUUUGGUGGUUGUGAUUGAAAGGGGCUUUGAGAACUGCAAAAAGAGAGGGGUAGGAGUCAUACGUGUCCUUUCAUUACAGGUUAUUCAGCCCUAUGCUUAUGAGAUUCUCCCCACCACCACCCUGCAAUAGACUGAUGUAGAGAAAAGAAACAUACUACUGUAUUCUAAAUUCUAGUCUUCAUGUAAAAGGUUCCAGUUUCAACCUCUGGCAUUUCAAGGUCAAAGGGAUUAAGUUCUUUACCAGAAAUCCCAAAGCAGCUUUCUCAAAUCUGGUGUCCUGCUGCGUUGGGCUAUGAUUCCCCUCAUCCCCAACUAGCAUGGCUGAUCAGAAUAAACAGAGCUGAGCUAGAGGACCAAAUCAGAUAUAAACUAUUGCGUGUUUCUAAGUUUCUGUUUCUAAAUGUCUUAGAAGGUACAUCAAAACAUAUCUUUGUGAUAAAAAGCUAGCAGUUUUUAAGUAAGAAGAGCAAUUAGGCCUAUUUAUCAGAAUUUGAGGUAGGCAGUAAAACCAUAGUAAAGCUUUAUCCCCUUUCUCCAGAUCCUAUCUUGUAAAAAGUUGUCUGAAGCCUUACCACACUGUGAAGUUAUAGCAAGACCAUACAGUUGUAUAUCCUGAUUAAUUUGGGGCCAUACAUUAUCUUCUGGCAUUAUCUUCCUAUGUUUACAGAUAGUCUUCAUUUAACGACCACUCAUUCAGUGACUGUUUGAAGUUAUGACGUUGCUGAAGAAGUGGUACUUACAACCGGUCC